AUGAGUUUCCAAUUCUACCUAAGUGUGGAUCAAUCUAAUGAUAGAAGUCUAAAUCCAUAUUCAGACAAGGCCAUAUUGCCUCCGUCGGUGCUUUCCCAGAUUGUCGAAGUGAUUCCUGAAUCAAAUUUGCCACACCCGUUAAUUUUCAGGAUUACAAAUACAAACGCCCCUUCAGGGAAACCAGUAUACAUCGGCGUCAAAGAAUUUACUGCAGUUGAAGACGCAAUACUUCCAGACGUUAUAUAUAGAAAGCUAGGAUCGCCAGAGCAAGUGGAAAUAACUUUGGUGCAAAACAUACCUAAAGCCACAUCAAUCAAACUCCGGCCAGACCAAUUUUACGCCAAUAUCACCAAUUGGAAAUUCUUUCUUGAAAACAAAUUGAACUUAUACUACACCACAUUGACAAGCGGUGAUAUUAUGAUCAUCCAGGAUGAGAAUCUCAGGUAUGAAUUGCACAUUGACGAGAUUAAUGGCGGUGCGAAUACGACAGCGUGCAUAGUAGAUACAGACAUCACGUUGGAAAUGGUGCCAUUGAAUGAUCAAUUGGCCAAGGAGCAGAUGUUGGCCUUUAACUCAAACCCGCAUAAUAAUAUCGUGGAGAUUGAACAUGAAUUGGAUGUCGAUAACUUGAAGUCGUUCUCCGAUUCUCAGUUUAUCCCGACAAUUUACAAGAUCGAUUUGACGAGGUCCAAGAGUGGCAUUGUGUUAAAGUUGAUAAACCGCGAUUAUGAUGGGAAGAAGUAUGACAGUUUAUUUAACGCUGAUUUGAUUGUAGGAUUGGAUAAGAUUGUCACCCUUGAAAACUUCCAUUAUUCAACAAUGGACCAAGACUUUGACAUUGAAUAUAAAUUGGAUCAUGGCAAGCAUAGUGACGGGAUCAAAUCGGUUGAAAUUGAUUACAAAGAUGAUAUAAUUGUGAAUAAAUUGCAUAGAAUACAAGAGGAAUUGAAAUUAGAUGAAGAUGACAUUGAUAAGUACUUGUACGUUAUCCCAUAUACAUGGGAUACAAAUGCAAAUAUCACACUUGUCGUGGAAGAAAAGGGCGAAACAUAUGCCCCUGAAGAGGAAGAUAUACCCGAUGAGAAUCAGAAACAAUGUUCGAACUGUUUAAAGUAUAUUUCUGUCCAAUCUUAUGACCUUCAUCAAUCAUUCUGUUUAAGAAACAAUGUCAGGUGUGUCAAAUGUGAUUCAGUCUUUCUAAAGAAGAUUCCUGAAACCCAUUGGCAUUGUGAUUUAUGUACAAACGGUUUUUAUGCCAAUACGCCGUUGUUGCAGUCUAAACAUGUUAAGUUGUACCAUUUGGAUCCAUACACUUGCAGCCAAUGUCCCGAUCACACACCUUUUAACGAUUUCUUUGAUUUGGUUACCAAACACAAGUCCACUAACUGUCCCGCUAAGAUGCACCAAUGUCGAUUCUGUCAUUUGAUUGUACCACAAGAAGAAGCGACGUAUCAGGACCGAUUUGAAAAUUUGACCCAUCAUGAGAAUUCAUGUGGGAACAAGACUAAUGAAUGUUACAAAUGUGGUAAAAUCGUGCGGAUUAAGGAUUUCAAGAAACAUGUCAAGAUGCAUGAGCUAGACAAGGUUGAGUUUAACCAAAUGAAUAAAUUCACUUUCAACAAGUGCUGCAACGAGAAUUGUAUAAAUUUGCUUUCUGGUGUGAGUAGUAAUGAAAUGGGGUUGUGCGACAUAUGCUAUGGGCCGUUAUAUGUUGCGCAACAUGACCCUACAUAUUUAAAGUUGCAAAUAAGAAUAGAGCGGAAGUAUAUGAUUCAAUUGAGUAAAGGGUGCGGUAACGACUAUUGUAAUAAUGAAUAUUGUCGAACUGGAAAUAGAAGCUUGCAGCUGAAACCGUUUAAAGAGUUGAUGCAAUUAUUGAAUCAGGAGUUGUUCCUGAAUAUUCAUUCCCCAAAGUUGCCUGUCAACAAGUCCAGAAAGGAAUCCGACGUGGGGGCUAAUAAGGUGUGGUUCUGUGUGAAUGAAUCUGUAUCUAACAAAAAAGUAUUAUUAGAUAUAUUGAGAUCAGAAGGUGUUUAUGAGGAUGAAAUAGUGUACAAGGCAGUCAAUGAAAGAAGUGACGAACAAGCUAUUAGAAGUUGGUUGCGUGAACACGCAAUAACAAGGCUGACAUUAUAGAUUCGAGUUUUAGUCGGGUGUUAAAAAUAUUUUCAAGAUUAAAGCAAAGCGUCUAAACUGUGGAGGGGGAAGGGAACGCGUAGUAGUAAUGACAUAACAUAACAAUAUAUCUUGAUCAAGUAUUCCGUUUUCGGAAAAGAUAAGGGA